GAAAAAACCAGUAGAGUAGUAUAUAAAACCACUGUAUUAAAAACAUUAUUUAUGUUUUAAAAUUGUGAAACGGAUUAACGUGGAUUAUCAGACAAUACAAGAUGUCUUAUAAGUUGUUAUUAGUAUAUGUGAGUGUAUGUAUCACAGACACAAUGGGUAUAUCGCCAUGUGCUAAUUUAUCAUCUCCAGGCGAUUGCUGUCUCUGUUCAGCAGCAGGCUGUAAUAUAAAUUGUCCUAACGAAUUGUUUAAAAUAAAUCGCUCGUCCACUUUUUGCAAACCAGCUCUAUACACCAGUACCACUGACACUAUUAUAGAGUUCAACUCAACCUCCAGCACUACUGAAAGUGGUGAUACUGAAGAUAAUUUCGUCGUCUGUGUUGUGGAGUGCCCAAGCGGGUCGUAUGCCGAUACGACUGGGUGGUGUGUACAAUGUGGUCAACUUUGUGCUACUUGUGCUGGGGAAAAGGACAAGUGUACUUCUUGUAAUGGUGGUUUAGAUUUAUCUAACUCUACAUGUGAUGUUACUACCACUGACAUGAUGACUGAUAAUACUACAGCUACUGAUAGUGGUGAUCUGCACGUCGGUGCUAUUGUCGGUGGGUCUGUUGGUGGCGCUGCUUUCCUAGUUCUGGUGGUAGUUGGAAUCGUAUGCUUUUGUCUAAAAUUUCCGAAAAAGAACAAAGACCAAAUAACGAUGAACCAGACUGGCGAUUUAGAAAUGUUGCCAGUACAGCAGAAAACCGAGGAAGGUGAAAUUUUAACAGAACAGAAGAACACGAAAGACAAACGUGACUAUGAAAAUGUUCCUAAAUUUGAUGAACACUUGGCAACGGACGUACAGAGACAACACGAUAAAAAAUAUAGAUAUACCAAAGAUCCAUGUCAGAGCGCCACCGAACGUCUGGCUAAACAGAGAGCACAGCAACCCGAUGAUCCAUUGUCGGCUGUUUUACCCCACGAAAGGACUUCAUUCAGUGCCCCACAAUCAGUUAUCUAUAAUGAAAUUUCUGAGAAUCAAAGUACCACUGGCGAACAAGAUUCCAUUUACAUCAAUAUUCCCGAAACACAGACAGGCCACUAUCAGAACAUUUCACUUGACGAGAACGAAUAUGUAAACGAUGGCUUUAUUGCAGAUUUCAAGUCCAAACGGACUAAUAAUGAUGAACAACAAAUUUACCAAAACCAAGAUGUGUCGUAAAAAGUUCACCAUUAGCACUUUCCUUAAUUUGCCAAAUUUUGUAAUUUACAUUCUCACCUAGGAUUGACAUUAUCUUUUGUCACCAUAUAUUGUUAUUACUUCUAUGUUGUACUAUGAAUAUACACUAGAGGCUAUUGUUAUUGCCUCUAUAAUGUACUGUCAAAUUGCAGAAGAUGCUAUUGUUAUUGCUUGUUGUGACACCCUCAUUUGUUUAAACGUAUCUUCUUGUUAAGCGAAUGAAAAGUCUUAGUCAGUUUCCCUUAUGAAAAAGGCAUGGGUAUAUUAAUGUUUCUAGAAAAUGUUUUCAGAAUUUUUAAAAAUUUCGUUCUUAAUGAUAGGCUUAGUAGUGUCUCAGCUUUCAUAACAACAAUGCGUAUCUUUGUCUUAUUGUGCGAAUGAAUGUCGUUCUCUGGCUGUAGUGGAAUACCGCAUUUUAUCAGUGAAAUAAAAGUGUUAUUCCACUGGCUAAAGUAGUCCAUGUUGUUUUUACCUAAAAUGAUUGUAAAAUCAUAAAAUAAAUAGAACAUUUGUCGUUUUGUCGUGAAUAACAUAUUUUAUUUCAUCUCUAAGCAAGAAAACGUUUAUAUUUUCACUCAUGCUACGCAUUCGUGAAAAUAUAAGUUUUCUUGCUUCUCGAUGAAAUAAAAUAUGUUAUUCACGACAAAACGACAAAUAUCCUCUAUAUAAUCGUCUUAUAAAGUAUUUUGUAAAUAAUUUUAAAUAAUUGCAUUAGCCUAGUAUUUUAUGAAGUUGAUUUCCUCAUUGAUGAUAUGGAUAGAUAAAAGAUGUUUAUAGUAGCAGGGGUGGAUCCAGGAUUUUUUGCAGGAGGGGGUUUGCCAGGAUCCUGUUAAGGAAAUUUGAUAGAUGACAAUGUAUGAUGCCAUCAUCGUCUCUAAAUUACGUAGGUAUACAUACACAAUAAGCUUUUUAAAGAGAGAAAUCCAACACCCAGUUCGCCCCCAAUCUUUAUAAUGAAUCAAUAGGAUUACAUUGUGAUUCAAUUUCAUUGAUGCAAACCAUUAAUUGUGAUAUCACACGCCUGUAUCAUUAUUUCGCGCUUUGAAUAUACUAACAAUACUAGCAAUACAGAAUAACAUUAUUUAUUUGCUGCUUGUGUAUAUUAUGAUGUGUGUUCCUUAUUGAUAAUGAAAUAAUGGCCUACCAUACAUCAUCACCUCGUUAUUGGGAUGAAAGCGCUCUUUUUAUUCAUCAUUGAAAUAUAUUUAUUAAUAAUAAAUAUUUUACUAUAUUUUUUACGAUUUGUGAAAUUAUAUAUAUAUAUUAUAUAUUAUAUAUUUGAUAUAUUUUAAAUUAUGUAAGCUGUGUAUAUAUUUUUCCUAUGAUUUGUAAAUUUAUACUAACGGUGCACGGGAUAGUCAUGCCAGUAUCCGGAAGGAGAAGUCAACCAAAAUUUAUUGCUGAAUAUCAGAGACCAAACGAUUCUCA